UGAAGAUGUUAGAAUUAUUCUGAUUACUCUGAUUAUAUUAUUCUGAUUUAUUUGUUAGUCAGCAGUCAGCAAGUGACAGAGUUCUGUCAACACUACAGUCAAGAGCAUAAUUUGAUGACAGAUCAGCACUAGACACUCUGGGUCUGUGUGAGUCCCAGGCGCCACCAUGCACCUGGGCUCGGUGGCUCUCUGCCUGGUGGCAUUCUACUACGUGGUGACCCGGCUGCUGCCCCAGCUGCUGUCAUGGCUCCUCGUCUGGCGCUACAACCUUCAGAUAUCCCUGGGCAGGAUCGGCCUCCACCCGCUGUGUGUGUACCAGCUGAGCCUGGAGUGGGGACCGGUCCGACUGACCGCCAACGGGCUGACCAUCACCAGCAGCCUCGUCAACAGCCAGGUCCACCGGCCUCUGGCGCUGUGUCUUCACGGGGUCCGUCUGACGCACACCGGGGCCGCCUCUCCCUCCCCCUCGCCCUCCCCCUCCUCCCCCUCCUCGGCGGGCCGCUCCUCCGCCUCUGCCCUGCUCUCCCUGGGCCAGUUCGCCGGGGUGUACGUGUACCAGGCCGGCGCCGAAUGGGCGGUGGGCGGGGAGCGGCGCGCCCGCCUCCAGGCCGCCCGGGUCACCUUGGAGGGUACCAGUACCAUAGACAACGGGCUGAUGCUGGUGCUGCGCGCCGCGGCGCUGUGUGCGAGGCUGGACGGCGCCGCACCGCCGGACGGAGAGGGGGAGGCGGAGACGGGGGACGGACCGCCGCCGCUGGCCCGGCUGACCGCGGAGCUGGAGCUGCAGGCCACCGUGCAGCCGGGAGACGAGCCGGACCAGCGCGGCCCGCCGCCGGCGCCCCAGCUGACGGAGGUGUCCGUGCGGCUGCUGCGGCCGGACGUCCUGCUGUCGGACCGUCUGGUGCCGCCGCUACUGGCCGCCGCCUCUGAGCCGCGCCCCGGCCCGCCGUCCCCUGUUCCGUCCCCUCCGGCGCCCGCCGGGGUGGAGCGGUGGCAGUGGCUGGCGCCCCGCGUCCCCGUCUCCGCGGCUCUGACCUUCUCCGAGCUGACCCUCACCUCUGAACACGGGGAGCGGCGGCUGGCCUCUCGACUGGGCAGCUGCCGACUGGAGGCGAGCAGCGCCCCGCGACUCACCGAGGCCAGCGCGUCACUCAAACUGGAGGAGCUGGGGGUGGAGACCGCCGACGGAGCGCGGCUGGCCUCACUCGCCAAUCUGCAGCUGUCGGUGCGUGCCGACGACCUGGAGAGUCCCUCCCCGUCCCUGGAGGCUGCGUUCGGCGGCCACACGCUGCAGCUCACCUACAGCCACGAGGCGGUGUCGGACUGGCUGUGUGAUGGCGUGUCUGACGCACGGUGA